UAGCCAUGUUCGCGCGAGGGCCGCUCUCGUUCGGCCCCAACAUGGGCGUUCCUUUUGUCGUCUGCAAUGUGUCAAACGCCGUGGGACGGGUUAGUCGUAAAUGAAGAAAAGCGGUGGGAGAUUAGAGCCAACUUUGAUACCGUUUAACUUGCCGACCGACUGUUAGACCGCUGUUAGAAACGCGCGAGCGCCAGUUGUCCAUGCUGACGAACGUACCGCAUUGUCUCCAUUCGCCGCUUUGUGAGAGUGCCGCGAUCAUAAAAAAAGGCUUUCGCACGUAUCGGACUUUGAGCUCGAUAAUUGAAUUAAAAUCCAGAAAAAAAAGACAGGCGGACGAGCGAACAUCAUUGAACAUCCUUUUUCUUCGUCGCGACUUCGAGAUUCGAGAUCCGCUACGAGAUCGAUGAGUAAUCUGGCCGACCGUGUCGCAGGGUUAUGCAGCGGAGUCGAAGGAAAAUAAAGACAUCAAGACUUUCUUACAUACUGGUGAUACAACUAAGAGAGGGAGAGACAGAGCCUCGUGGAUAAUGAACGGUGACGCAUCACCGUUGUUUCUCCACGUUCAGCAAGGUCUGAGAAAUUGAAGUACUAGGUUCUCCUGUUAGAAAUCAGCUGAUCGACAAAGAGGCUAUGAAGUUCACGAUUAGGCUUUAACGAAAACAAAUAUUUACUUAUAUAUGAAGGAUAUAUGUUAAGCUUUGAGAGCCUGUUAGCGACGUGCAAUUGUGUGUGAUAUACAAAAAUAUUUUUCUCGUGAGGAGAAACAAAAGGUCAAAAAAUGUCGUCCGCAACGAUGAGUACACCUAAAGGUAAUAAUCUUCAAAAUCGAAAUUCACAGAGAUCUACUCUACUGAAAGUGGUGAUUCUCGGGGAUGGUGGUGUUGGAAAGUCUUGCCUCAUGAAUAGAUUUGUAUCGAAUCAUUUUGAUGAGCACAGCUUCCAUACUAUCGGGGUAGAAUUCUUAAAUAAAGAUAUUGAAAUCAAUGGCGAGGCAUAUACAUUACAAAUAUGGGACACUGCUGGACAAGAAAGAUUCAAAACUCUUAGAACUCCUUUCUAUAGAGGAUCAGAUAUUUGUCUACUUACUUAUGCGGUAGAUGAUUGGACAAGUUUUAAAAAUUUAACACUAUGGAGAUCUGAAUUUCUUAAGUACGCAGAUGUUCGAGAAGCUUCUACAUUUCCUUUUAUCGUUAUAGGCAAUAAGGUGGACGUCUCUGAAUCAGAGAAGCAGGUUUCCACGGAGGACGCACAAGCAUGGUGUUUGGAGAAUGGCAAUCCUCCAUUAGUUGAAACAUCGGCGAAAGACGCUACUAAUGUUGAAGCAGCGUUUGGGGCAGCUGUCGCGGCAUGGGCGCGACUGGAAGCUAGAUUAGAGCGGCCUUUAGUGGAAGAUACCGUCGAUCUUUCUAAACAGCAAUCUCCUCAUCGUUCGAGCUGCUGCAUGCCCAUAUCGGGUGCUGAAUCCUCCUUCGUGACGAGAUAAUUGCGAUCGGGUGGUAAGAAGAUAAGCACGAUAUGCAAACUUUACAGUGCGAAUCAACGCUUGUGGGAACGGUCGUUUAAAGUUUCUUUAUGUUUGGAAGCAGCACACAUCGCAAAUUGAACCCAUAGGUGUUUAUCCUGAGUAGAAUUUAUAAGGACACUCUGUAUGCAAUAUAAAUGUAAGGGAUUAUUUUUCUUUGUUUGGCCUACGCAUCAUUUCUUUGCACAAUUACAGAAAGAUACACAAUAGAAGUGAUUUAUAGUCCAUAGAGAGUUUGAACGGGCUUGCGUAAAGUUUCGAGUAGGUAAAUAUAAUAUUACUCCUCAGUUUCAGACUUAGCCAUUUUUACCAAUUACAUUUGAGACAAUUUCUCACAAUAGGCAUGCUUUUUUCUUCUAGGUCUAACAAAGUAAUUUGAAGAGAAUCUCUUGCCUGUGUCUACGAUACUCUUUCUCUCUCUCUCUCUCUCUCUCUCUCUCUCUCUUUCUCUCUCUCUCUCUCUCUCUCUCUCUCUAUCUUUCUCUCUUUCUACGGUGAACUUUAUUCAUGCUGGAAUUGCGUUGGUUGUACAAAAAUGAAUUAUAACUCAACUAUAGAAUUCAAAAUUAAGUGAAACUUGAAAGAUCGCACGGACUAUGUUUGUAGGAAAAUAAUUAGUGAUGAACGAGUGUAUCCUUUGCUGGGUGGCUCACCUUUCUUCUCAAUGAAUCUUAUCGAAGUACUCGGAUGUGAAACCGCAAAGAUCAGAUAUAUAAGAUAAGAUAAAUAACGUAUCGCGAUUUCCAGAAUACAGCUGUAAUAUGUAAGGUCAGAUUGAACGUCCUAUUCUAUCACGCUUUGUGCAGCUCUCGAGCUACCGACAGUAUUUUAAGUAUUUUACACAACAUCGGCUUGUGAUAAGAUAAUAAUAAUAAUAUUAAU